UUAUCGACGGGAUCAUAGAUGUUGGCUGCCUAGUUCAAUGUCCAUAUUUUUGAUUUAAAAUAUUUAUGUAACUUUACUUUGAUGAGGCGAAAAACGGCUGGCCGCUGUCAUCGGACCAGGACAACGGACGGACAAGGCUAGGCCACGUAAAAGACAUUGGAUAGCCGAUGUUUACGUAGCGACAUGAAAAGGAAAGACAAAAUCGGCGCAAUUGUUUGUUACAGACGAGCGAGAUCACGAGGUUUUUCGCAGAAGGCUGCUGAAUUAGAAUCCCGAGGAUGGGCUCCGGCCAGAGUGCCCGCAAGCUGACCAUCUCGAACGAAGAGGAAGUCGGGGUGAUCAAGGUGUCAAACGCGAUCGUACAGCGUCUCGCUCAGGGAGAGAAAUCAAGGGCGCAUAAGCCUCCGUCGGAUGCGAUACCCUCACCGAUGCAGCAAUCGGCACCUUCCAGGGUGACAACAUCCAUGUCUCACACUAGCGAAGCCACGCCUGGACAGCCAGUGUAUUAUCCAGAGUUGACAGUGUCUGCUCUUCAAAUGCAGCAGCAAAUGGAAGAGGAACUAAGACGGCAGGAUCAGUACUGGCAGAGGCGCCUAAGAAAUCUCGAAGAUGGUUACCAAAAGAUCAAUCGCGUUUUAGAUGAAGAAUAUAAGAAGGCAGCUAAUGAAUCCUCUGCCGCUAAGUCUGGACAAAAAAUUACCAAUAUUCAAAAUACAGUGCAACCCUGUUUAGAGAACAGUAAUAAAGUCCUGAAGUGUUUCCAGGACCAUCCCAAGGAGACUCUUAAUUGUUCGAACUUGGUGGAACAAUUUUCGAAUUGUGUCUGGAACGUACAUGCACGCAUGAUCGAAACACGUUCGUAAUAUAUUCUAUUUGCAUGUCUCAUGGAUCAUGACAUUUUCAAAGGACAUUUAGUCGACAGAUAAAUUGUAUAUCGAAGAGUAAUGCCUAAUACUUAUCUCAGCAGAAUUGUUAUCGAUAAAAAAUAGUAUGAAACAAAGAACACACGAGGAGAAAUGUAAAAAAUAAAUGAAUAUAUAUUGUGAUUUAUAAUAAAAUUAGAUGAUUGUUACAUUUGC